CACAGCUUCCUCUGAUGCUGCUUCCUUUGAUGCAGGCUCCUGAGUCCUGUUCACAGUGACCCUCUGGCGAGUUGCAGAGAUCAGCUUUGCCUGUUUUGGCUAAUGGGAACUGCCAGGCAACAACAAACAUCCAGCUUGUUGGAGCCCUCGGAGCAGGAAUGGGAAUGUUGAUGCUAUUUGUGACCUGUGUGGAUUUGUUCAGUUAAUGCAGCAAAGUUACUGGAGAGCAGGGGAUGUGGCGCUGUCUUUCAGAGAUCUUAGUCAAUUCCCUUCUGCAUGUGGCCAGAGAAAAUUAAAGAUCCCAGGACACCUUUUCAAGAGUCAGGGAAACCUUGGUUUUCUGACCCACAUCCUGUCUCAAUGAAACAGACUGUAAGGUCCCAGGCUGCAUUAGCCUGACACAGUCACUGAGCAGUGAGAGCUCCUUGUGAAGCACUGGGCUACAGUACAUUUGUAUGGAGAUUCCCUUAGGGAUGUUGCUCUAAUCUCACAAAUCCUCUUUUCUUCAGGUGCUACUGCUCUAAUCCCCCAGGUUAUAACUAAAGCUUUCUGGCAGCAGUAUGGCUCCAGCCGUAGUUUUCAUCCUGUCUAAUGUUCCCCCAUUCAGACCCAGCCACACUCCAUCUUCCUGAGCCCUUGUCGGUGUAUGUGCAGCAAGCCGCUGCAGCAAAAACCAUCGGCAUCCUAGCCCAGGACUCCACCAAACUGGCUGAAGAGAUGAUCCAGCUGAGAGUGGUGCACGGCCUUAUGUGUGCUAUGGGGAACCAGGAUCAUACCACCUGCCAGAGACAGGCCAGCAUCUCUCUAGAGUAUUUUGUCCGGACAUUUCCCAUUGUGGAGGAGCAUGUGAGGAAGGCAACAGGAGAGACUCUGUUCCAGCUUUUUAUGGUAAAUGGGCUUCUCUACCUGCCAGGGCUUGUUACUGGUCUGGAACAUGGGUCCAUUUUGCAGGGAUAAUGGGGACUGGCUUUCAUUCCUCUAAAGCCGCAGUGGAGCUCCAGUUCCUGAUCCGACUCCAGAGACCACGGGGGUCAGAUCACAAUGUCCUCAGUUAAAUGAAUUGCUUUGGUUUUGGCCCAGCACCCCCAAAGACCUCGCUCCAUGCAGUGGGGAUCAGU